CUUCAGGCCCUUGCUAUGGGAGCUGAAGCAUCAGAUUUCUCCGCCAGGUAGUGCUCAAGCAUGUCUUCUUCAUCAUCUGUAUCAAACAAACGAAUCUUCUUCAUCAUCUGUAUCAAACAAACGAAUCUGAUGCUUGAGAACCAUUGCUUGUUUAUUGGAUAGCAGCGUGUAAGCCAGACAGAAGGGACCAUUUUACCUUCAAAGUCUUCGUCGUCAAAGUAAAUAUCUUCAUCAUCUUCCUCCUCAGAUUCUUGAUCAGCAGUGAGCACUGCUCUUCUCUGAAAAUGGCACAAUACAGAUAAUCAACAACAAUAAUUAAUGAUAACUAGUCUACACUAAUUAGUCAGCAAGACUGAGAAGUACCGUUCUGCCACUCUCGAACCAUUGUCUUCCUGUAAGCUUCUUCUCCUUGGGUGCCGUAAGAGCAGACUCAGGCAUCAGCCUUGUAAGUUGAUUCACGGCAACAGAUUAAAGAUUAGUAGCUCCCGGAAGCCAAUAACAAUGCUUAUUCAUUAAAGUAUAAGAGCAAGGAAACAAGAAUAUGCUGGUGAAGAGUCUCACUUUGCUCGUUCAAGUGCAAGUUCUGCUUCAAAUCUCUUUCUCCAUGCCAUAAACGUCUCCAGUGUAACAGGUUCUCCACAAAUAUCAAGAUAACUAGACAGGAAGAAAACAAAAAAGAAGAAAGUGUAGCUCAUGGAAAAAUCAGAAGCCUAAAGCAAGAUUCCAGGUGCUUUGCAGUUAAUACAUUUGAUAAUACUGAGCAGAAAACAAUACCUCAUCCUAUUUGGCAUAGUCAGCUCCAUCAUCUUGCCCAUAGUGUUCAGACAACCAGUCCUUUGCUGACAAGACCAAAGUAUAGAUCAUUGCGUUUGCCAUGCCAAGAUUUUCACUUGCCUGUGAAAAUAGUAUCAUGAAGUUUUUAAUUCUAAUGAUAAACCCACUCAUCAAAACUAAAUUAAACUUUUUUUAUAGCACCCAAGUUGUUUUGUGAUUCAGGAAGUCAUUGUCAGAGAUAUUACUUCUUGUUCAAGCUUCUCUUUUAAGAUGGUAAGGUCACUAACAUGGAUUCCUCGGAUACUGCAAGAACACUCUACCCACAUAAGUGUCAUCAUCAUAUAUCUCUAUUAGCUUGAAUGUCAAACUUAGAAGAUUACCUUUUAACAUCCAAAAGGGGAACCUCGUUCGGACAAUUUUCUGUGUGCGAGAAAACCAAACCCAGCUGAACUGCAAGACACAUUAGGAGCUCUAAGACUACGAAAGCACAGGAAUUAAGACAAACAGAAGAAUGUUUUUCCGGGUCUUACGGAAGCAGACAGAAGACCGCACCAGAACAUCUAUACUAUUAUUAUUCUACUACUAAUAACAAACAUGCACGUCAAGACAUGUAAUGAUUUUUUUUUUUUGUUUCUACAUACCAAAUCUAAGAACUGAAGUGGAGAUCUUAGAUACCUACAUUGGUACUGGUAAGCAUCUUUAUCAAUAAAGAAGAACAAAGUCUCUUAAUCUUAAACCAAUUCAUCAAGAAGUAUUCUAGAAAUUUGACAUAUAAAAAUUAUUUAAUUUUCCUAAAGUUUUCAUUUUCUUAACAUUUUAACCAAAUCAAUUAACAAAGAAUAUAAUGAUCCAUAAAUAUUUAAAUUAAUAUUUCAUUUUUUAAUCCAACCAAACUUUUGCCAUCAAUCUUCUUGUUAAUUUAUAAUAAUUUAGUGAAAAACAUAAUAUCAUCUACAAUUUUUAGUUUCAAAAUAUUAAUAGCAAAAACUAUAUAAGAACUAAGAAAUGAGAAAAAUCCAUUUACGAUACUGAUUUUUCACGUUUCAUCAAAACUCAUGUCAUUGGAAAAAAUAAAUCUCAUGAAUUAUUUUUUCUCUUUUUGACCACCAAAUUUAAUCUUACAUCAAAAAAGUAAAUGAUGGAGAAUCACAUUAAAUUAAUAUAUAAUUCAAACCUAAGUGGAAAAAAUCAGGUAAAACAAACACUAAAACAAUAAAAAUUAAUUAAAUACAUAGUAUAACAUGAGUUUGUUAAAUUACUUAACUUUCCUAAAGUUUUCAUUUUCUUAAUAUUUUAACCAAAUCAAUUAACAAAACAUAUAAUGAUCCAUAAAUAUUUAAAUUAACAUUUCAUUUUUAAUCCAAUCAAAUCUUUGACAUCAAUCUUUUUAUUAAUUUAUAAUAGUUUAGUAAAAUAUAAUAAUAUUAUUUAAAAUUUUAUUUUUAAAAAUAAUAGCAAAAAAUAAGUAAGAACAAAAAAAUGAGAAAAGACUUUUACGAUAUUGAUUUUUCACUUUUCAUCAAAACUUAUGUCAACAAAAAAAAGAAUUAAUCACAUGAAUUAUUUUUCUCCUUUUGACCAUAAAUUUAAUCUUAUAUCAAAAAAAGAAAGAUGGAAAAACACAUCAACAUUAAUAUAUAAUCCAAACCUAGAUUAGAAAGAAUCAGGUAAAACAAACACUAAAAACAAUAAAAUUAAUUAAAAUACAUAGUGAUGCAGAUAAGUAUUUGGAACAUUUUCAAAUAUCUUGUUAUUUAUUUUAUUAGUUAUAUUAAUUUAGAUAAUUAUUUUUUAUUUGUAUUUUUUAUAUUUUAAUAGUUUUUCUAUUUUAAUUAAAAUUAGGGUUUUCUAGAUUUAAAGAUUUAUUAUAAAUAGGCAUUAAAGCUUAAAGUUGUAUUCAGACUUUGAUAAUUAAUAAUAUAGCUUUUGCUUAUUACCUUAAGAGAGAUUUGAUUCAAUUCAUCUAUUUUGAGUUGCCUUGAACAAGAUUCGAUUAAAUUCAUCUUAUUCAGGAAGUUGGUCUCAAGAAACUCUUGAUCGAUCCAAGAACAUGUUUCUAGAACCCUAAGGUUCCUUGAUCGACCGUUCAACCUAUUUGGCCGCUGCAUCACAUAGUAUAACUUGACUUUAUUGAAAUUUUAAGUAAACAAUAUGAAUUUAAUGAAAAUUAUAUGAUAUAAUGCAAAACAUAAUUUACAGCAUUGUUUUCUCACUUUUCAUCAAAUCUAUGGUAACGAAAAAAAGUGAAUCCAAUGAAAUUUGUUUUCUUUUCUUUGCCACCAAAUUCAUACUUAGAUCAGUUAACUGAAAUCUAAGGAAAAUAUAAAGUCAUAACAAGGAUUAAUACAUAAGCAAAACAAAUAUUUACAAAUUAUUUUGAAAAUUAAAAGCAGUAAGAUAUAACAAAUAAAAAAUAAUAAUUUAAUAAAAUACAUAAUAUAAGUUUAGUUUGGUGAAUAAUUUAGUAAAAAAAUAUAACUUAGUAAAAGUUUACAAUCUAAGAAAAAUGCAAACAUCAAGAAUGAACAGAAAAAUAUCAUAAGAACACAAAAUAAAAUAUCCAUUUAUAUAUUAUUUUUUCACAUUUUAUCAUACCCAUACCACAAAAAAAAAUUCACAUGUAUGUUUUUCUCCUUUUUGGUCGCAAGCUCAAGUUUAGAGAAUGAACAUAAAAAUGAUGGAAACGUACUACCCAUGUCUAAUACGUAAUUAAAAAAAUUUGUAUUUUAGAAGUAAGAAAAUCUAAUGAAUUACAGAUUUAUAUAAUUAACACUUUACAACUAGAAAGGAGAAUUAAUUCAAAUUCUUAAAAUAUAAAAUUCCGCACGAAGCGGGGAUUGACCCCUAAUACAUAUAUCCCUUUAUUAUUAAAAGAGAAACAACUAUAAAAAAUAACUAUAAUUUGAAUGACUAUAUUUAUAAAGAAAAUCUUAUAUAAAUAUAAAUUGAGUGGUAUUUCUUUUAAAUAUUACAUAUGAGUAAGAUUAUUUAUAAUUAAUUCUCAUUUUUAAUAAGGUAGAUAACAUACUUUGAUAACUAAAUUAAUUAAUAUUUUGUAUAUGAUAACUAUUUAAAUUUCUGAUAAAUAAUUAAAUUUAUUAUUUAAAUUUAAUUAAAAUCUGGUCAAAAAGAAAAUUGUACUUUUCAAAUUAAAAUUAUAAAUACGAUAAAUUUGAUUAUUUAAGUUAUUUAAGGCAUAUUAACAAAAAAUAAAAUUAUAGGGACUAAACUACAAAAAAUUAAAAUAAAAAAUAGUCCAAAUCAUCAUAUAACCGGCUAUAGGCAUGCUUUAGCUAUGUAUUAUGAAUUUAUGUAUGCAAUUCAAAUUUUUAUUUAGUUUAGGAAUGUUUUGGCACAUUAAUAUUGUUUGGGUAUGUAUUUUUCAUGGUUUCAUAGUGCGGGUAUGAAUAAGUCGUUUUUCCGAGGUGUUAGCUACAUAUGCAUUCUCACACCUCUUAAAUUAAUAUCCAUCUAUUACUAGAGUAAUUAUACCAAAUGCCAUUGGUCUUACCUAUUAAUUGGUUUUACCUAUUAUACAUAUUACUACAACUUUAUAUGAAGUUCAUAUAUAUGUCCAAGCAAAUAAUUUUUUUACAGGAGCCUGAUCAUUAUGAACUUCAGUAUUAAUAGUUGCCUGACUUUGAACACCUUCAACGUUGUCAUGGUGUUUUACAUCUACGAUGAACAAAUUCAAUGGAUCGUUCAUAAAUUAAUCAAUAUUCAUAAUUCAUCAAUCAACCUAAUAUAUAUGAAGGUUAACACACAAUGUUGAGCUCCAUGAAGUAUAUUAGCAGUCUUUUAUACUCUAAGUACCAUGAUACCAAGUUCCAAUAUAGGUUUUGAAUAAUUAUUUUAAGGUCUGGCAACCUAUAUAUAUUGUAAGAAGUGAUAAUUUUUUAAAAUGCUGCUAAUUCAUUUAGAACUUCAGUUUCGGUUAAAACAUAUAAUUGGAGUAAUGGACAAGUCUAAAUAUAGGGGAGUUGAAUCACUAAUUAAUUAGCAUACCAAAUAUACUUGGACAGUAGAUAAAAAUACUAUGAAGAAUAUGUGUUAACUAAAUCAAAUAUAAAGUGGACUUGCUAUGUAAUAAGUGGGGUUUAUGGUCUUUUAUGGAAAUACAAUACUUGAUUUCCACUAAGAACAUUAUUUAUUCGAUUAAUUUCAAUUGAUGUUUUUACAUGUUUGCAACCCUUCAUAAUACAUAUAACUAAACUUAAAAGCCUUUUAAUUUCUAAACGUCUUUUAAUUUAGUGAUAAUUAUAAACUGAAACAAUUAAAAUUUUAGUAACUGCAAAUGCACAUAAGGUAAUCCUAAAUUUUUUAAACUAAAAUUUUAAUUUUGAUAAAAUAUAUUUUAAAUUGUUUCAUCCAAAGCGCAUGUCAUCAACUAGUAUAUAUAUUAUAACCUCCGCAAACAUUUGAAACAUUUACGGAAGAAAGACUAAUGAGAAGAUUAAUUCGUAAGCUAUAAACUUUAGGGAAAAUUGGAAAUAUGGAAUAAAAAGACAAGUAGAUUGUCCCUUUGCCAUAAUAUGAAUUAUAAGUUGUCCUAAUGUCAUAAUGUUUUCUGUAAACCCAAUUAAACCCCUAAUCUAAUCUUUUAAACGUUUUUGUUAAUUUAAUUAUGUUAAAAAAAUAUUAUUAUUAUUUUUAAUUAAUUUAAUUAUUAAAAAAAAAAUACAAAAGGGGAAAAUCGACCAAAAUUUCCCCCAAGCUCGACGAACCCUAAUUGCUCUCUCCUCCUUUGGCGACAGAGAGAAAGGACGAUUUGAAGGGGAUCUCGCCGUCGCCGGUGUCGUUUUGGCCGGUAAUACUCCGCCGGUGUUCUUCUUCUUCUUAAUCGAAGUCUCAGAGACCUCGUCUCACUUCGCGACUCGUUCUCAAUUAAGUCGCCGAAGACCGCUGAAGCUCGUACCUCGCCGAUAACUGAACUCGUGCCUCACCGCUCCGCUCUCACUCUCUCAGCCAUAGUUUCAAGCAAACCAAUCGAUUCUCCUCAGGUUUGUUUAUGAAUUUUUUUGCAUGUCUUUGUAUCUCUUACUUGAGCUUGUUUAAGAUCGAUUUUGAAUGUCAUAAGUUUCGAUUCUUUUUUCUGUGAAUUAUUAUUUAGGCUUCAAUCUUAUCAAAAUUUCCUACUUUUUUGAGCUUUGGUUAAUUUGUUUUUGUAGCAACCGAUCUCUAGUGAUUGUGUUUCUUAUCAAAAUUUCCUACUUUUUUGAGCUUUGGUUAAUUCUCUUGUUUUAUCUUGUGAAUUAUAUUAUGAUGCAUGCGUUUAUAAAUAUUGACUGUAGUGAUUGUGUUUCUUGCAUUGUUUAUAGGUAUGACAAUUGAUCAGUUGCCUAAAUGCUUAUUCAAAGAGGGAACUGAAACACAAGUUGAGAAGGUCAACAACAGUUGUCGAACUUCCAUACUUGCGAAGGUGGCGAAGUACUGUCCAGACGAGUACAAAGAAGUGUCGGAGGAUCCGCUAUUUGCUCAGAUUGUGGCCAUUCAUGUACACAAGCUUCAGUUUUCGGCAAGAGCGAUCCACACCUUCGUUUGCAAGCAGCUUCUGUCCGCAAAGCGUUAUGAGUUGUGGUUCCAUUAUGCUAGGAGGCCUCUCAGAUUUUCAAUGCAAGAAUUCUAUGCCAUCACAGGUUUGAAAUACAAAGACGAGCCCGACUUGGAGAUUGAUGACUGGGCAUAUGAUGGAGGGUUUUGGAGUAAGUUGCUAAGGAGACAGAAAAAUAUUUCGGUUCAGCAAAUCAGGAAGGUUCAUGUGAAGUUGUGUAAUACAUGGUCUCGUGUUGAUAGGCUGCGGUUGGUCUAUUUGUGUGUGAUUGCUGGUAUUCUUAUGGCGAAGGAUGAGAAGGUGUGGAUCCCAUACAAGUACAUCAAGCUCGUGAUGAACUUCGAGAAGAUGAGGAAAUAUCCGUGGGGUCUUCACUCUUUUGAUAUGCUGGUGAGUUCCAUUAUCAACGCUAGGGAUAAAGUGAAGACGCAAAACAGUUAUGUCGUAGAUGGAUUCUCGUAUGCACUUCAGAUUUGGUUGAUGGAAGCUGUUCCGGACAUUGGGUCUCUUUUGGGUCAGAAACUGAGAGAAGGCGUGACUACCAUGAGGUGCAGGAAUUGGAAAGGAUCUGCUAAGAUUUCCUAUGAGGAUAUUAUUACCAUAGAGUCUAAUUUUGCUUCCACCGGAGAUGUGUUUCCAUCCAUUUCUACAUCUGGAAAUUUCAAAGACGUGAUUACUGAUGCCGAGUUUGUUCGAGCCUGUGAGAUGAAGGAUGAAAGAGUUGAUCUAAUCAUUGACAUGCAGCGAAACAAGUAUGACUGGAGUAAGCAUGUUUGGGCUUAUAAGGAAACAGUGAAACCAUUUCAGUACAGUUCUGAGGAAGAUGGUUCAGAUGAGGAAGCGGCUGUAGAGACAAGUGAAACUGAAAUUGAAGAAGAAAUAGAAAGCACCCGUGUGUCUCCUACUAAGAAGAGGAAGAACAGGUUUCGGGAUACUGGUGCGGAGUCGAGGAAGAAGAGGUUACUUUGCCAAAGAUCAACCGAGAAAUAUAGAGAUCUUGAAGAGGAAAUGAAGUCCUAUAUCCAGAGUAUGUUUAACUCUUCUUUUACUGCCUUAGGCCUCGAGGUACGCGAGAUUAUUGAAGACCGCUUUACCAAAUUAGAGGAGAAGAUCCUUUCAUCUCAGACUCAGGGUGGUGCGCCUGCUAAUACUCAGACUCGUGGUACUGAUCCGUUUUGGACUCCUUCUGCUGCUGCUGCUGCUGCCACUGCUCCGGCUUCGGUUUCUGGUCGUCCUCCUGCUCCUACUCGGGCUUCUACCGAAGCUCCUGCAUCAGUUUCUACUCGUGGUCUUGCUCCUUCUCGCAGUGCGGCUUCUGCUCCUUAUCGCAGUCGAGCUUCUGCGACUGCUCACAAUGGUGGGCCUGCGAAUGCUGCGAAGACAAGGUCUCAGACAAAGGUAAACAAGAAGUAGAUCAUUUUCAUGUCUUCGGUUGCUGUUAUAUUUUCAUGUCUUUGGUUGCUUUUCUUUUUCAUGUACUCGGUUUGCGGUUUGUAAUAUUAUUUUAAGGAUGAUGUUGUCUUUGCUGUGUGUAAUAAUUAUGUAAGGAUGAUGUUUUGGAUGGAAUCUUUCUUUUAAAAAUAUUAAUGUCAUGUUUUGUGUUUCAUAACCAGGAUGCAGAUUUGUCUGAUGUGUUUGGCAGCUUAUUUAGCACCUUAGAUGUGAAUAUAGGGACCCAAGAGUACUUACAGAAGACAAUGGGUAACCUUACACAAGAGUCAAAUGUUGACGGUUUUGAUCCAUCUCAAGACAAGCAGUCCGAAGGACCUUCUGAUUUCACUACGCCAAUGACUUCGUUUCGGCCACAGAUCUUCAAAACACCAUUCUUGGUUGAUAGUGAUGAUAUAGAAGUUCGUUGCAAAGCGAAAGACUACGAGCUAGUUUUCCUUCCAGAAGAGAAAUGGGCCAAACUAACUGAAUGGACAUUGAAUCCCACGUAAGUUAUUUGAAUUGUUUUAUUUAUUUUUCCUCAAAUCUACCUCUUCACUAACAUCACAGCAAUGCUUUCUUUUUACAGAGUACUUCAGAUUGGGCCAUCUACAUUUGAUGCAGAGUUAGCCUCGCGGAUUAUUGGGCCUAAUAUUUGGUUGAAGAACUUUGUGAGUUUAGCUCUGAAAUAUUUUGCAGAUUGCUUUUUGUUGUUGGUUCUCAUUCCUAAACAAAAUUGUAUUGUCUUUUUCAGGACAUGGACGCCAUGAUGUAUUUGUUUCGGGAGAAAACCACAUUGCGUCGGUGGAGUCCAGACCGAGUCGCAUUUUUGAACUGUAUGUUCAGUAAUCAGAUUAUCACGGCCUAUGGGAAGUUUGAUGGAAACAGGAGAGGGUACAAAAUCGACGACAAUUUUCUCGAGUAUGGAAGAGGCGAGCUUCCAUAUCAUGGAAGCACAGGUUCAGUAUGGAGCGUUGAUGUCGAUCGUCUCUACAUCCCUAUAUGUGUUAACCAAAUCCACUGGAUCUCUAUUUGCGUCAAUCUUGUGAACCGGACAAUUGAUGUCUUCGAUUGUGGGGGUAAGAAGAACAACAGGGUCAUCGAAGCUUUUGCCGUCCUCAUUCCACGAAUCGUCAAGGCAGUCCAGUCGCCAGAGAGGA